AUGGGAUGUUUACUAAGUAUUGACGAGAAGGAAGCUGUUCUUAGAUCUAAACAGAUAGAUGCCUCACUCAAAAGCGAUGGCGAAAAAAUGGCAAGAAUAGCUAAGCUAUUGUUGUUGGGUGCUGGUGAAUCUGGAAAAAGUACAAUACUUAAGCAGCUAAAGAUUAUUCACCAGUCUAGCUACACAAGAGAGGAGUGCUUACUUUAUAAACCUGUUGUUUAUAGCAACACCGUUCAGAGUAUGAUAGCAAUUAUACGAGCAAUGGGUCACUUGUACAUUAAAUUUGAGGACGAGUGUCGAACAGACGACGCUCGAACUUUAUUUGCGUGUGCGAAUGAGGCCGCAGACGGUUACUUAUCAACUGAAUUAUACAAUGCUCUUUAUCAACUCUGGAAUGAUGGCGGUGUUCAGCAAUGUUUUAAACGUUCAAGAGAAUACCAACUAAAUGAUUCAGCAUCUUACUUUUUCAAUUCUUUAGAUAGAUUGGCUAAACAUGAUUACAUUCCGACCGAUCAAGACGUAUUAAGAACACGUGUGAAGACUACGGGCAUACAAGAAACUCAGUUUUCUUACAAAAAGAUUGAGUUCCGGUUAGUAGAUGUCGGCGGACAAAGAUCAGAAAGAAAAAAGUGGAUUCAUUGUUUCCAAGAUGUCACUGCAAUCAUAUUUGUGGUUGCAUUAAGUGAGUAUGAUCUUGGUCUAGCUGAAGACCAAACAACUAAUCGAAUGGUUGAAUCUAUGAAUUUAUUUGAUUCUAUAUGUAAUAAUAGUUGGUUCACUGAGACCAGUAUGUUGUUAUUUUUGAAUAAGCGCGAUUUGUUUGAACAAAAAAUCUACCAUUCACCAUUGACAAUUUGUUUUCCAGAAUAUAUAGGUGAAAAUAAUUAUCAAGAAGCUGGAUUAUAUAUACAGACAAAAUUUGAAGCACUUAAUAGACAGACAACAAAAGAAAUCUAUACACAUUUUACAUGUGCGACAGAUACUACAAAUAUACAGUUUGUAUUCGAUGCUGUAACAGAUGUUAUCAUAAGGCGUAAUCUUAAAUUAGAUGGACUUUUAUAA